AUGGCUGACACCUUCGGUCGCGAACGCAGGAAAAUAUUCCUUGGUGGCCUUUCCUGGGAGACCAACGAGGACAAGCUGAAGGAGCACUUUGGCAAGUAUGGAGUUAUUCAAGAGGUGAUCGUGAUGCGCGACCGGGUCACUGGAAAGCCCAGAGGAUUCGGAUUCAUCACAUUCGACACCGAGGAGGCUGCUCAGCGGGCCUGUGAGGACGACCAUACCCUGGAUGGCCGAACGAUCGAUGCCAAGCCCAGCGUGCCUCAGGACAGUCAGCAGCGGCCACGCAGCAAGAAAAUUUUCGUGGGCGGGCUGGCGCCCGAGACCACUCCUGAGCAAUUCAAGCUCUACUUCGAGCGGUAUGGGAAAGUAGUCGAGGCUCAGAUCAUGGUGGACCACACGAGCAACCGCAGCAGAGGGUUCGGGUUCAUCACAUUUGAAGAGGAGGCGUCGGUGCACCGCGUCUUCAAUGCGGGCCCCAUGCAUGAGCUGGCCGGCAAGCGAGUGGAGGUCAAGAGCGCCACCCCAAAGGGCUCCGGCCCGCAGGGCCGCGGCGGCGGCGUCGCGCUGGCGCCCGGCGGCGGCGCCGGCCGCGGGGCGAUGGGGGUGCUCGGCGCGGCGGCCAGCGGGGGCGUGUACGCGGGGCCGGCGGGCGGGUACGGCAUGGGCGGUUACAUGGCGCCCGGGUACAUGGUGCCAGCUGGCUACGGCGGAUUCCUGCCUUACCACCCGACAGCGUUCCCUGCCGGCAUGAUGAUGGGGGGCUUCGCCUACCCAGGCUACGGCCCCCCUGCCGGCUACCCGGCCCAUCCAGUGUACGGCCCCGCGGCCAUGCGGCCCCUGCUGCCCCAGCCGCAGGCCCAACUGUCGCCCGGCGCGCCGCACCCGCUGCAGCGGGGCGGCGGCGGCGCGCGUGGCGGCGGUAGGGGGCUGCCGCAGCUGCCCCGGGAGCAGUCUCUGCCGGGGGCGGUGCUGACUCAGCCAUCAUGGAGCGAGCAGCAGCUGCAGCAGCAGGCGCUUCAGGCGCAGCAGCAGCCCGUUCCGCGGCAGCAGGCGCCCAGGCAACAAUAUGCGCCACAGCAGCCUCAGCAGCCGCAGCAGCAGCAGCCGCAGCAGCAGCAGCAGCCGCCGCCGCAGCAGCCGCCGCCGCAGCAGCAGCAGCAGCAGCAGCAGUCCAGCGCUGCGGACAAUUAG